AGUUCCUGUUGUAAGCUAUAUAAGAAUCAUUGAACGAAGUUAUACACAACAACGAUGGCAUCAAACAUUGUGCUCAAAAUGUGCUCCAUUUCAAUAUUUCUGCUACUUGCUGCAAUCCAUCCUUCAAUAAGUGUCAUCGACGAUCCAACCGACGCUCUGCACCGCUUCCUAUCUUACGAUGAAACCAACGAGUUCAUGUUUACCUUACUUCAACUAUUUCCGAAACAAGUGAGCGUUGAAAAACUGGGCGAAACGUGGCUAGGUCGAGACAUCAAUAUGAUGACCAUCAACUACAACGCGAGAGACACGAUCGUGUUGGUUGCGAACCUGCAUGCCCGCGAGUGGGCCGCUAUGACUACCGCGCUUUUCAUCAUAUUUGAGCUGGUCUAUAAUGGCCAUCAUCAUCCAGAACUAUCCCAGUUCCGCUGGAUGAUCGUUCCAAUUGCCAAUCCGGAUGGCUACGAGUUCACCAGGGAAAGAGACCGGUACUGGAGCAAGAACAGAUCACCACAGCCUGAUUCACAAACCUUUGGUGUUGAUUUGAAUGGCAACUUUGCGUACAAAUGGGAAGAGAAUGACAGGCCAGUAGAACCGAAAGAUCGAACCUACAACGGACCAGAGGCCGGAUCGGAACCGGAAACCAGAGCAAUUAGCAAGCUUUUAGAGUCCAUUGGCCCCGAUAUCCUCUUGUUCGUCGAUAUGCAUACGUUUGGCAAUCACAUUUUCCAUCCUUGGAGCUAUACCACGGAACCUGCCGAAAAUGUUGAACUAACGAAAGCUGUGGCACACGCCGGUGCAGAUGCCAUCCGAUUUAAGUAUGAGGAAUACUACACCGUUGGAACACCAUCACAACUAUAUCGACGGGUGUACGGAACGCCGAUCGAUUACUGCCAGUCUUUACGGAUACGUGUCUGUCUGUGGCUUGAGAUGACAAACAGUGGGUUCCAGUUUGAGGAGAGUAGAAUUAUGCGCUACGGUGAGGAAGGUUGGACUGCAAUCAAAGCAAUGGCAUUGAAGGCAGCUGGAGUUUUGUAAUUUCACCCUUAGCGGAAUUAAGUAGAUUGGCAACAUUGGCUGUUGUCUUCUGUUGGUAUGUUGGCAACAUUGUGUUUGAUUGAUGACUUGGAAAUAAAAUAUAAACAAUAAAGUAAUCAUUACAGCAAUGAAAUAGUACAAAACCUUAUUACGUCUCUCAUUAUCAGCGCAGCAAUCAAAACAUUAUAGGAAGCAUUCUUUAGGUAAAACUUGGAAUAUAAAAUAUGUU